GCGAUGCUACUAUGUGGUAUACUACGUGCAGCGCUAUCCACGUCCUUCGGCACUGUCGUGCAGAUUGCGAUCUUUUUCCUGCAAAACUCCAAUAUCUCGAGAGUGCUCGCAUCUAUGCCACCAGGAGCCGAAGACGAAAUUAUCCUGAUCGAGCAUCUGCCAGGACGGCGGGUGCAUCUACAAGAUUUCUUUUGGACCGGCUUAGAAGACGCGCCGCCAUGGGUGGAUGCCAAUCAGGGUUUGACAUUCUACGAGACAAAAACGGUCGUUCACACUGUCACAGUUUACACCCCGACUGACGAGAAGAGUCCGUUGGAUCCUCUAUCGCCUCAUCGUCCGGAUUGCGUCACGUGCAUAGAACCGACGCCUAGAUUGGACGAUAAUGAUGAUCAGAGCAUCGGGGUGCUCGUCGGGGAGGAUCCAGGUCCAAGGUAUUGGUUAUUGACGGUUCUUCGACCGGGUGAAACCGUACCGCCUAAAGUCGAACUUCGCUUGGCUCGCUUGUAUCGAACCGCGUUUUCCAGACAACAGCAACGACACCUCGGUCUGCUAUCGAUGGAUCCGCGAUCCCGAAGAGACGCGUUCUUACACGGCAUUGUUGACCGAAAGAACGUACCAGAACGUUUUGGAACUUCAUCCCAAGCGAAAGUUCCACAAAAAAAAGUUCCGGUAAAUGCAACUAAACCUGCAACCAUGGCACCAACCGAGUUAACCAUCGGUACUAUCGAGAGUUCUUCGACUCGCGCAGAAACCGAAACGAACGUUCCAAGUUUACAAUUAACCGACGAUAAAUCGCACUUUCUGAACGUCUCGCAAGUCAAGGCUAUGAAAAUGAUCGAAGUUCCUAAGUCGAAGAAGAUGCUGUUUCCGAUACUCGACACCGACACAACAGACAAUCACGAGAAACCUGCGAAAGAUGAUUUCGCUUUGAAAAAGAUCAUAAAAACGCUGAAAGAAGAUACAAAAUCCUUGCCUUCAGUAGACGAGUCCACAACAAUCGAUUCAGUACAUUUCACUUCCGAUACGAUUGACGAAUCUACCAAACAAUUACCGCGGAAAUUGAUGCCAAUUUCUUCGGAUUCGGAUAAUUCGAAAUUGAAUACAGACAUUGGCAGUAAUCGAUCGAGUAACAACGAAAGUAUGAGUGCGAGUGUGAGCUCGAAGUUGCGUUUGGCGGACGGCUCGAUUGCGGGAGUCGUGAAGGUCAGAAUGCAAAAUACGAGCGUGAUCGAGGGCGGCGCGACCAGAUUGAUUUACUCGGUUCACCUCGACGACAAGCCCGUUCCCGCUGAAACGGCCGCGAGAGACAUGGCGCUUCUCUCGCCUCAGGAAGUCGCCCUGGAACUCGGCGCACCGGUGAUCAUUCAAAGCGAGCCUUAUCUGAAGGAGAGCCGACCUUUAGCGUUGUCGAGAAAGAGGGAUGCCUGGCUGCUGAUCGGUGCAGCCAGCGCGGGUGUCGUUCUACUAAUUCUGAUUCUUAUUGGAUUGAUUUUGACCGCCAAACGGAAAAGAGCACAUAGCGCUGUCGCUGCACCGCCGAACAGAAGCAUUCUUAAAAAGGAGCGUGAAUACGCGACCGCGACGCCUGGUCUCGAUAACGCUGCAUUCUCAACGUCGGAAACUGAAAUUAAGACCGACGGUACCAGUCAGCGACAAACUCCACGAACUUUAUCCAGAACUCCAAUCACACCCGACACGCCCAACAGUCUGGAAUUAGGAAUUCAUGAAGUUUCCAGUGACAACGACGACGAACCGAAGAAGACUCGCGGAUCGACCCCUUGGAGCAUUCAAGAACAUCCAACUAAAAAGACCAGAGUAUUGUAUGGGAGAAUGACGAGAACGAAUGCGAUGGACGAACCCAGGACACCGGACUCGUUGGACACGGUAGCCGAUCGUGUAGAAAUGCUGGAAUCUUUGGAAAAUGGUUACGUGAAACGGGAAGAAUCCACCGCUUCGCCGCGAUCCUACUUGUCGAUGCCAUCGUGCAAGCAAUUUCCCAGCAUGCGGAGCGUGGAACCGCUGUCAAGAGUGCUGGAACCUGUCAUGGUCAGACACUUGGACAUCGAUUCUCCAGAAUUAGUGCGCCAUGAUCGAGCUGACAGUAUCGAUGAUACAUUCCUCGCAAGAACGUCAAGUGCCUCGAAGGAUCCUGGAGCUAUAGGACCUAUAGUUUGGAAUCUUAACAAGCAGAUGUUCUAUACAGAAGGUAACGGUACGUCCGAAACGGAUGUCGAUGGAGUGUACCAUCUACCAUCAGGACCCGUCGGCCGCGCGCGGCGGAGACUCCACGAGCUCCUCGAGGACUCAUUCAGCCUCUUCGGAAGCAGAGACGUCAGGUUCAAAGAGCCACAACCAUCGCAAACGUCGCAGGCACCGACUGCCGUUGCACGCACAGCGGAUACACUCGCGGUACUUUCGGAGACCAGAGGCAAAUCCGCGCACGUCAGUCCAGUAGCAACGCCGACGAUGGAAAUGAAGAGUCGACCGCGUACAUCGUUACCACGUAAAGGUUUAGAUGAAGACAUUCCGGAGACAGGUCAGAGUGGACCAAUUCCUCCUCGCGGUGCCUGGGGCUCAAGACCACUCAGCGCAGGUCCGUUCCACAGACCGAACUUACCGGAAGUGGAGACUAGACGUAUAUUGGCGGACAGCAGGCUUCCUCCGGACGAUCCUGCGGUACCCUUGAUCGCGUCGAUCAAAAAGGAACUUGAAAAGUUCUCGCCCCAGUAGAACGUACAAGUGCAAUAGAAUGCGAUAUUAGUUUAGUGCACUCGUGAAGUGAUAUAUCGAUCUUAAAUUAAAGAACGGUGUAAAUAUCCGAUUUAAUCUUUUCCACAAAAUUUUAUAACUCAAGGUCGAAGUUCUUCUCUAUAUCUCUAUUAUAAGAUUUAAAAAUAAUGAAACAUUUUACAAAUGUAUCACGAAAACAAGCAUAUAUUAGAAAAAACAAAAAUAGAUCGCGCCGUAGUUGUCUCAUCAUAAAUCGAAAUUGUGCCACCGAAUUCAACGUAUUAAUUAUAAUCGUCGCUGUAUAUAUCAUUACCUCUUAUUGAGUACGUAGAAUGCAUUCACAGACUUCAUACGAUCACAUACAGAAAUUUUGACUGACUAAUUUACGAAAGGUAUUAAGAUAAAUUCUCGCA